CGUUGUGCUUCGGCGGACGGGGCUGGGAUGCCGAGGACGCGGCGGCUGUCGGUGUGUUUGGGUUGUGGGCGGUCCGCUCACAGCCCGGGAAAAGCGAGAAAUGGCGACGCCGAUCGCAAGCUCCCGGCCCGCCUUCCAGCAAAAGGAUCUGAUGACCGCUGACAGGGGACGCAGGAUGUUGGGAGUUUGUGGCAUGCAUCCUGACCAUCAGGAAGCUCUAAAAAAGAACCGAGUGGUGCUAGCCAAACAGCUGUUGCUGGGUGAACUCUUAGAACAUCUGCUGGAGAAAGACAUCAUCACCUUGGAAAUGAGGGAGCACAUUCAGGCCAAAGUGGGCAGUUUCAGCCAGAAUGUGGAGCUCCUCAACUUGCUGCCCAAGAGGGGUCCCCAGGCUUUUGAUGCCUUCUGUGUGGCCCUGAGAGCGACCAAGCAGGGUCACCUGGAGGAUCUGUUGCUCACAACCCUCUCGGGUCUUCAGCAUGUACUCCCACCGUUGAGGUGUGACUACGACUUGAGUGUCCCUUUCCCGGUGUGUGAGUCCUGUCCCUCUCACAAGAAGCUCCGCCUGUCUGCAGAUACUGUGGAACAGCCCUUAGACAACGGAGAUGGUCCGUCCAGCCUUCAGGUGACGCCUUGCACGCCUGAGUUUUAUCAAACACACUAUCAGCUGGCCUAUAGGUUGCAGUCUCAGCCUCGCGGCCUGGCCCUGGUGCUAAGCAAUGUGCACUUCACUGGAGAGAAAGACCUGGAAUUUCGUUCUGGAGGGGAUGUGGACCACAGCACUCUAGUCGCCCUCUUCAAGCUCUUGGGCUACAAAGUCCACGUUCUCCUUGACCAGACGGCACAGGAAAUGCUAGAGAAACUGCAGGAUUUUGCCCGGUUCCCCGCUCACCGUGUCACGGACUCCUGCAUAGUGGCCCUCCUGUCUCAUGGCGUGGACGGUGGCAUCUACGGUGUGGACGGCAGACUUCUUCAGCUGCAAGAGGUUUUCCAGAUCUUUGACAAUGCCAACUGCCCGAGUCUACAGAACAAGCCGAAAAUGUUCUUCAUCCAGGCCUGCCGUGGAGAUGAAACAGACCGUGGGGUCGACCAGCAAGACGGAAAGAACCACGCCCCGUCCCCUGGGUGCGAGGAGGCUGAUGCUGGUCGAGAGGACUUGCUGAAGACGAGGCUGCCCACUCGCUCAGACAUGAUCUGUGGUUACGCCUGCCUCAAAGGGACGGCUGCCAUGCGUAAUACCAAACGGGGCUCCUGGUACAUUGAGGCCCUCGCUCAAGUGUUCUCUCAGAGGGCUUGUGACAUGCACGUGGCCGACAUGCUUGUGAAGGUGAAUGCACUUAUCAAGGAGCGAGAAGGCUACGCCCCUGGCACGGAGUUCCACCGGUGCAAGGAGAUGUCUGAGUACUGUAGCACUCUGUGCCGUCACCUCUAUCUGUUCCCAGGACACCCUCCCACGUGAUGCCACCUCCCUGUCAUUCAUGCCAGAUUGAGGCCACUGGAUCACAGGAGGCAUGAUGGAGCCUUUUCAGGAUUACGGUUUCUGUUCUUCCCCCUCAGGGAUUGGGAGUCUCCCGGGCAGGUUUCACAUGCCCGUUGCCUCCGUUGGGUUUGGGACUGCAGGCCGGCUGCUGUGUGACACUCUCCCUGUGGAGCCGGCCCUGGCUGGACUGGUUGCCAGGAGCGUUUGGCCAGGAGCCUGGCAAAAGAUGUUGUGAAUGCGGUGUCUAUGGGGAGAGGGCAUGUGGGUUUCCUCAAAGUGUGUGCUCACUUCCUGCCCCGAGGCGUUUGUAGAUGGCAGGUUGGUCAUUGCUUUUAUUACGUUAGCUAAGAUAGCUCAGUGGUCAUCUGUCUUUCCUUUCAUAUCCCAACCCUUUUUGUCCCAGAGUGAGUUUGGAAGGCGUCCUAAUGUAAUGCAGGCAUUUUUCAUUUGGCUUUGAAAGAGCAAACAGGAUUAGAGACGCGGGUGCUGAGUGUGCGGAAACGACCUGUGCAUUCCUUCCGUGUGGCAAGGCCACCCGCUGAUGGGACAGUCUUCUCAGUGCCCCUUGGGGCUCCUUUGGACUCAGAGGGUCCAGGCUUUCAGCAGAGGGGAGUGUUUGGAUGCCUGUGUCUGGAACUGGUCGAUCUUUGCCGUGCAAGUUCCAAAGAUCUAUUCAUUAGUUCUUUCUCUGAGUGUUGUUGCUGAAACGAGCCUGGCAGAGUGCCAGCAGAGGCCGAUAAGGCUGGUAUGCUUCCUCAUACUCUAAGCUGCCACCUGCUCUUCUAUUUCUUCCUAUGAAGUGUCCCUUUCGUUUUCCCCUCUUUUCCAUCAUUUCAUCCUGUUUACUGCUGCCAUGAAAUCUGUCUAAAAUCCUACUCAAUUGGGUUAUUUGGCUGCUCAAAGAUGUGAUGAUGUACGUUGCUCCUGCUUUCUGUUUCAGUAUUAAAUCCCCUUUUGAUUUUGUAUAUGCCCUAUGUCCCCUUCCAACUGAGUCUGUUGCCAGGAGGCCGUUGUCGUAUUGCUAUCCAUGUUACUUGUUUCCCUUGGAAGCCUUUUUUGUCUGUGCUUAUAUGAAACGUGCCUGUUCUUGGAGCCUUUCUCUUUUACUUCCAUUCUUGCUCGCUCCAAUCUAAUGUCUGUAUGACAGGUUUUGGUUUGGGAUUUUUUAAUAGAAAUCUGAUCACGUUACUGCCCUGUUUGGAACCCUUUGGUUUCCUCCUGCACCUCACAUAAAAUCCAAGCUCCAGGAACUUGGCCAACAGGGUCCCUGCCUUCCCCCCCAAACCUCACUACGUGCUGCUUUUUCUCUUAAGCGACAGCCCCAGGGGCUUCCUCAGUUUCCAACGUUCUGAGCUCUUUCCUUUCCUGAACCACUCUCGGGGUCUGCUGAGCGCCACUCCUCACCGCUCUCGGUGGCUUGCUUAUUCCUCAAGUUGGAGCUGAAAUGCCUCUUUCUUCUGGAGGCCUCCCAAGCCGUUUUCUCUAAAUGGCCUUCUAUGUUUCUUUAUCACUGUGUCCUGCUUGAUCCCUCCAUUAUAUUAUACUUUUCACACUCUAUCAUGAUAUAUUGGCUUGCUUCACUUGUUCAUUCCUGUCUCCUCUACUAGGUUGUAAGCUCCAUCAGGGCCAAAACCUUGUCUCUUUUGUUCACCAGUAUGUAUCCAGUGCCUGGCACAUAGUAGGUCUUCAGUAAAUGUUUGCUGAAGGAAGAAAGGGAGAAAGCAAGCAACCAUAGGUAGAAGACUACUUUUUGAUAAUACACACAGUUUGGUGUUUGUUCUUGUGUGUUGUUUUAUCCACUGGUGGUGUUAGCUCCUGAAGACACAUGUCACAUGUGUGACAACUUCUCCACGUGUCCCCCGUGCCUGGCGCCGUGCUCGGCUUGUAUCCAGUCAGCACUUCAGGUGCUCAGUGAAUACUGUUCUGUGAGCCAGGAGGAUCGGAGACAUGUGGCCAAGUCCUAUAUUGGGUCCUCAUCUCAUGGAAGUCGUAUCUGGAUGACAACCUUUCCAGUUCCCACUGCCAGGAUGUAUUGCCAUCAGGUGCCAAAUAAAUUCUCGUAUUUAUUAGUGA